ACGUUAUAGCACGACACGUGAAGGUGCAUUACAACAAGUAGUAGCGCGAAAACAUUCAAAACGUUACCUCGCUCGAAUUACCGUCUCUUCAGGAUGAUUGCUCGCGUUCGGAAGAAAUUCAUUUUGGGUUUCUUGGGGAUUUUGUGCGGUUUGGCGUGUUGCCAACAGGAAAAUGACACGGUGGUGAUGAAAAUCAGGAAAGAUGUGGAAAACGUACACCCCAGGAUGAUGAUCAGCCGAUAUAAUAUAGAUAUGAAAGAAAAGAAUAAGAGGAAAGAUCUCAACGACACGCAAAGUACUAACAAUGAAACGAGUAAUAAAGAUGGACCAGAUCAAAGGAAUCAAAAAUUAUACUUUCCUCACAACCUUGAAGUGGUCAGUGACAUUUUGACAAAAUUGCAGAACAAAGAAUGCGUCGCAGCUAGUACUCGAGUUUUGGAAUCUAUGACCAGGCAUGAAAAAUGGGCUAUGGAAAUGUUUGAUUCAUUUGCAAAAUUUCCAACGGGAAUAUUGUACGGGAACUACUACCAGAUGGGUAACUAUGACGAAUGCGUUGAAGCAAGAAAGGAAGGAAAUUCUUUGGAAUCCACUAUACAGGGGCAAUACUGCCUAACGGAGAUCAAUCUCAAGCCAAAACGUGGAAAUGAAGGUAGAAGCAUUCGACAGGUGCAAAAAGGAAACUCUGUGAUAAAAGAUAGGUACGCCUAUAACAAUACUAUUCUACACUGGGGCAUCUGUCUACCAUCAUCAUGUUUGACUGAAGAUGCUGAAAUUUUUACAAGAGAGAUAUUUGCUUCUGCUGCAGAAAACUUUGAGGUUGUUGAGGUUAUUGUAAAAGCAGAUAAAUGCACUGCGAAAGUAUCAUCUCCGUUUACGAAUUCAGAAAUCAUAUAUGGGUGCAUAGUUGGAUGUUUUUUGAUACUCACAUGUCUAGCUACAACUAUUCACUAUUGGUUUUUGAGAAAAACGAGAAAUAGUUCACCUUACAAUGUUGAAGUAGUGAAGGAGACGCAAUCAAAUAAUGUCCUAAGAGAAAUAGUUUCAUGUUUUUCGAUCAUACACACCGUUGACAAAUUUUUACAGACUAAACCCAACGAACUCAAUUUGGAAUGCAUCUGUGGAAUAAAGUUUUUAUCGAUGAGUCUCAUCAUUGUUGGACAUUCUCUGACAUUUAUCUUCGGCGGACCCAUUGAAAAUAAGAAUGCAUUCGAAGAGUUAGUCACCAAACUUGAAAAUGCACCUUUCUCAAAUAAUCCACUAUUGGUAGACACAUUUUUAUUAGUAAGUGGUUUCCUAAUGUGUCGACUAUUAUUACUGGAAUUGGAAAAGAGGAAAGGCAAAAUAAAUAUUAUUAUCUUGUAUAUAGCUAGAUAUAUCAGAUUGACUCCUGCAUACGUGGUAGUUAUAGGAUUAUAUUCAACAGUUUUGUACAGGGCAGGUUCCGGCCCAUUAUGGGAAUCCAGAGUAGGAUUGGAAAGGGAUAGAUGUUUGAAGUCGUGGUGGACAAACGUGUUGUACAUAAAUAAUUAUGUGAACACCGACAAUUUGUGUAUGUUUCAAUCUUGGUAUCUGGCAGUGGAUUAUCACUUAUUUAUUAUUGCACCAUUUAUUAUCUAUCCCAUAUGGAGAUGCAGAAGAUUGGGCGAAAUACUGUUAUUUGUGUGUAUAGUUAUUUCAACAGCAGUUCCUUUCUGGAUCACUUAUAAGGAACAGUUGGACCCCACACUGAUGGCAUUUCCUCCGGAGUUGGAGGACAUUUCCAACAAUUUCUACUUCCUAAACUUCUACAUAAAGACACACAUGCGUGCUAGUUCCUAUUGCAUAGGUAUCUUUUUCGGCUACUUGGUACAUAAGUUUCAAUCCUCCGGGAUGAAAUUGAAUUAUUACGCCAAUCUAUUAGGCUCAAUGGUGGCAUUAUUUCUAGGCAUAGUUUCCAUGUAUUCCAUAGUGAUAUUUUAUAAUCCCGAACAUGUUGUCAAUACUUUAGAGAACGCCUUGUACGCGUCAUUGCAUAGAGUUGCUUGGUGCAUCGCCAUUGGAUGGGUACUUCUUGUUUGUAUAACAGACAAUGCAGCAAUGAUUAAUAAAUUUUUGUCCUAUAAAUUCUUUAUACCAGCCAGUCGGUUGACAUACUGUGCAUACCUAGCAAAUGGUAUAAUCGUAGUAUAUAAUAUAGGUGUUCUGAGACAACCAACAUAUCUCAGUAAAUAUGAAUUGGCUUGCAAAACCUUUGGCCAUGUAGUAUUGACCUAUGCUUUGGCAUUUAUUCUUUGUAUCAUCUUCGAGUCACCAAUUCACGGAUUAGAAAAGAUAUUGUUGAAAAAACAUGUCAAAGAGCACAAGCCAAAUCCAGCAUCAAGAACUUCGGAUUAAACAUUAUCAUAAUUUGUACAUAGUGUAUUAUUUAAUAUUUGGUAAUUGAAAGAUGAUUUUCUAAUUAAAGUACUCAAAAUAAGAGAAUGUGUUUUAUUGAAACAUACAACAAAAAUAUAAAUAAAUAAUAAAAAUAUUCAUUUGGGUUUGCUUUGAACAAGUAACAUAGUGUAAUUUGGAUCACAAAAUAUUUCCAUAAGAGCAGGUUCGAGGAGAGCCUUUAUAUGUUUAUCUUCAUAAGUGCCAAGACACUCUAGGCACUGACUACUGAUUAUUCAUUUAUAUUUAGCCACCCCACUUCAGUAGAGUUUAAAAUCAUAGAUAGCAAAAAUCUUUGAAUAGAAAAGUUCCAUGGUUAUUCUUGAACCAUCAUAUCAUUCUGUCAUUAAACAUCUCAUAACAGAUAGGUGAAUGAGCAUCACAAAUUGGAAAUAGAUAAUAACAUCAGUUUUUGAAAUAAAACACCCAAUAUAUUAUUUCAUAUUGGAUAAGACAAUUCUAGGUUUGAUUGGAGUAUACUAUUAGUUUUUUUUGGGUAUUUUUUUUACUAGAAUCCACAGGGGGGGAGGUCAACAUAUAGAUGAAAACCUUGUAGAAGAUGAAACACUCUCUGUUACCUGUGAUUCAAUAAACUUUCAACUUAGUUUGAAAUGAAUGGAUUUUGAAUGCCAUUAGACUAUUGAAUUUAGUUCUGAAAACUUUGGGAUAAUACCUACAAUUAAAGCUAGCUUGGCUGAAUUUUCAAUACUCUUAGUUUCUAUCUCACUAUCUGUGUCA